AUGACAAUGACACUUAAACUCCUAUCUCUCGCCGUGGCUGCCUUGGCCAUCACCGCCGUCUUGGCCGCCGAUCCUCCAACACCGGCAAACGCACCGAAAGCCAACGGCGAAAAGAACUCUACCUCUCCUUCUCCCGCCGCCGCAGCAUCCCCAAAAUCACCCACGGCCUCCGCCCCAACCUCACCGCCUACAGCUGCUCCAACCAUGGCCAAGAAAAAUUCCACCGGAACUCCAAGCCCUUCCCCAUCUUCCCCAUCUCCAAAGUCAUCAUCAGCCAAAACUCCGGCUUCAAGCCCUGACUCAAGCUCCGGUGAUUCUUCCGAAGGUCCUACCAGCUCCUCUGACGCACCUACCGCCUCCUCUCCGCCAGCUCCGACUCCAGAAAUGUCUCCAUCUUCCGAUGACGGAACUGGCGCCAGUGACGGCCCUGAAGCUUCGGCUCCUGCGGCAGGAGCCUCAUCGCUUGUGAUCUCUGUCUCGGGCUCUGUUCUCGCAGCCGUUGCAUGGCUUUUCUUCAUAUGA